AUGUCUCAGCGAGUGACGCGUUCGCAGACUGGAGCCACGCCCAGGAAGCCCUCCAACCCGGGAUUCGUCGAGACUCCUGGACGCCGCCGCACCACGCGCAAAGCUGCUCUCCAGAGCGCUGACGGCGAUUCUUCCGAGAACGGAACGCCUGUCCCCGUUGCUGUCCCCAUCAAGACCGAAGAGCCCCUUUCGAACGGGAACGUAUACGCUAACGGCUUUGCCAACGGCCAUGCGAACGGCCACGCGAACGGCUACGUGAAUGGCCACGCGACCAACGGCCAUGUUGCGGACGAGAAGCCCAAGAAGGAGGUCAUCGACCCGACCAUCUCGGAGGCCUCUCCACACUUCGAGUUCGGUGGUUCCUGGGGUACCGGUGCCAUGAUGAUCGGCUUUCCCAUGUUGAUGUACUACAUGUGGUUGGGUGCGACAUUCUACGAUGGCCGUCCUCCGACACCAGCCGAGGGCGAGAGCCUGGGAGAGUUUUUCCAGCACCUGGUCCAGCUGUGCUACGAUAACGCAUUCCCGCACGCACGCGCCUGGACCAUUUACUGGACCUUCAUGGCCAUCCAGAUCGUCUUCUAUCUGUACAUGCCCGGCGUGUACUCCAAGGGCCAGGCGCUGCCACACCUCGGUGGCAAGCAGCUAGAGUACUACUGCUCUGCGGUCUGGAGCUGGUACACGAGCAUCGUCCUGGGCCUGGUUCUGCACUACACUGGCCACUUCAAGCUGUACACCUUGAUCGAUGAGUUCGGGUCCCUCAUGUCCGUCGCGAUCAUUUCGGGCUUCCUUAUGAGCUUCUACUUCUACAUCAGCGCUCACAUUCGUGGUGCCACUGUUCGUAUGACGGGAUACCCGGUCUAUGAUUUCUUCAUGGGGGCUGAGCUGAACCCGCGCCUGUUUGGAUGGCUGGAUUGGAAGAUGUUCUUCGAGGUCAGAAUGCCUUGGUUCAUCCUGUUCUUCCUCACUCUCGGCACGGCAGCAAGGCAGUAUGAGAACUAUGGCUACGUCUCCGGCGAAGUUUGCUUCCUCCUCAUGGCACACUGGCUCUACGCAAACGCCUGCUCCAAGGGUGAGGAGAUGAUCGUCACGACUUGGGACAUGUACUUCGAGAAGCUUGGCUUCAUGCUUACCUUCUGGAACCUUGCUGGUGUGCCGCUCAGCUACUGCCACUGCACGCUCUACCUCGCCAACCACCACCCGUCUGAAUACGAGCACUCCAAGUGGCUCCUCUUGGCGCUCUUCCCCGCGUACCUGUUUGUCUACUGGGUCUGGGAUACGGCGAACAGCCAGAAGAACCACUUCCGCCGUAAGGAGCGUGGCUCGGACUACGACCGCAAGACGUUUCCUGUUCUGCCCUGGCGCGAGGUGCACAACCCCAAGGUCAUCCACACCAACACGGGCAAGGAUCUUUUGGCGGACGGCUGGUAUGGUCUUGCGCGCAAGAUUCAUUACGCCUGUGACCUCUACUUUGCGCUGAACUGGGGCUUUAUCUGCGGUUUCGGCAGCCCGUUCCCAUGGUUCUACCCGGUUUUCUUCAGCCUGAUGAUCGUGCACCGCGCAGCCAGAGACAUCCAGCGCUGCAGGGAGCGGUAUGGCGAGGCGUGGAAGGAGUACGAGCGCCAGGUGCCGUAUCUCUUCAUCCCGUACGUUAUCUAA